CAGUCCGCGGCCACCGCUGUCCAUCGCGGGGCUGUCCCCGGGGGCCCAGCCAUGGCCGGCCGGGGUUGCGGCUGCGGCCCGGGCCCCCUGAAUGAGGACAACGCGCGCUUCCUGCUGCUGGCCGCGCUCAUCGUGCUGUACCUGCUGGGCGGCGCUGCCGUCUUCUCGGCGCUGGAGCUGGCGCACGAGCGCCAGGCCAAGCAGCGCUGGGAGGAGCGGUUGGCCAACUUCAGCCGCCGCCACAACCUGAGCCGCGACGAGCUGCGUGGCUUCCUCCGGCACUACGAGGAGGCCACCGAGGCCGGCAUCCGCGUGGCCAACGCCCGCCCGCGCUGGGACUUCACCGGCGCCUUCUACUUCGUGGGCACCGUGGUGUCCACCAUAGGGUUUGGGAUGACAACUCCAGCAACAGUAGGAGGAAAAACCUUUCUGAUCUUUUACGGCCUCAUUGGGUGUGCAAGCACCAUCUUGUUCUUCAACCUCUUCCUGGAGCGCCUGAUCACUGUCAUCGCCCACGUCAUGAGACUGUGCCACCAGCGGCAGCUCCGGAGACGAGGGGCCCUGGCCCCGGAGAGCCCGAAGAACCCGGGGAAGCACGAGGUGGGCGGCCCGGCUGGCUGGAAGCCCUCCGUGUACUACGUCAUGCUGAUCCUGUGCACGGCCUCCCUGCUCAUCUCCUGCUGCGCCUCCGCCAUGUACGCCUCCAUCGAGGGCUGGAGCUACUUCGACGCGCUCUACUUCUGCUUCGUGGCUUUCAGCACCAUUGGCUUCGGGGACCUGGUCAGCAGCCAGAACGCCCAGUACGACAGCCAAGGCCUCUACCGCUUCGCCAACUUCGCCUUCAUCCUCAUGGGCGUCUGCUGCAUCUACUCCUUGUUCAACGUCAUCUCCGUCCUCAUCAAACAGUCUGUGAACUGGAUGCUGAGGAAGAUGGGCGGUGGGUGCCGUCAGCAAUGCCGGAGGAGACUGUUGCGGUCGCGGAGGAACGUGGUGAUGCCGGGCCACGUCCAGAACCAGUGCAGCAUCUCCAUAGAAGCAGAUAGGGUGACGGAGAGCGACGCAGACGGGCGGCGUCUCUCAGGGGAGAUGAUCCCCAUGAAGGACUUCUUGGCGGCCAGCAAGGUGUCACUAGCCAUCCAACAGAAGCAGCUGUCUGAAACAGCCAACGGCUGCCCCCACCGGGCCAGCACGCUGUGCAGGGACAGUGAAUUCUCAGGGGGCGUGGGGGCCUUGGCCAUAAUGAAUAACAGGUUGGCAGAGACCAGUGAGGACAGGUAGGAGCAGGGAGUGGCCAGGGGUCCUGGAGGCCGAGGGGACUGACAUCUGGCCCCCCCCUGUGUGGGGCUGGCUUCACUCGGGAGCUCUUCUCUGCCUCUUCAAGCCCAGUUCCAACGAACGGCCAUCUUCCCAGGCUGUGGGAACCUGAAGCCUCACGGCCUUCCUCCUUAUCUUUACACUUUAAAGUCUUAAAAAUGACUCACAAAAGUAGCCUAAGACAUUACAUUGUUUCUGUACUCAUCUUGCCCCAGGUUUAUAACUGCCUGAAGGAGGAAAGGUUUAGGUAAGGCUUGGUUUCCUGCUGAUCUAUUUUUCAUUUGGAAAUCAGAAUCCUGGAGACCCUAAUUUUCCCCUGGAACUCUAAAUGGCUGAAUGUACUGCCUCUCCCAGUCCUUUCAAAAACGGGGGGCGAGGGAUUUUGAAUAAGUGUCUGGGCUCUGGGCUUCCUUCAAAGCAGAUUUGUCCGUAGUGCCAUGUGUAGGGAAACCCCCUCUUCUUAUACCUGCUUCUCUGCUGUUUGUGUUUCCUUGCCUUUAUUUUUAAGAUAUUAAUGACAGACUGAGGUGUCUGUGGAACCUAAAUUCAGUUUCAGGCCUUUAAACUACAGCACAGUAGUGGCGAAAUACACUUUUGUAACUAAAGGAGACAACUUAACAUUUUCCCGCUGAACAAUCACAGAGACUAUUUCAUUUUUACCAGGGCCUGGGGCCCACUGCAAAGAUAAUGGCUAUUUAUUACAACUGAAAGUUGAAUAAAUCCUC